AUGUCCGCAAUUUUUGCGUUGCUAGUCCUGGACGAAGCAAUCUCUACACUUCACCAGACGUCUCCCACAGACAUCGCGAAAGAAGCCAAAACACCUCUGACCUCAUGGAGAGUGCUCAUCGAGAGGUCUCCGCGUUCCCAUCACGCUCGCCGCAGCAUGGAAACGGCCGCUCCCCCAGCCGAACUCUCCGGCCAUUUCGCAGGCGUCGAGAAAAUAGAGCUUGCAAUGCCUUGCGAUAUUUCCUUGACAGGUCACUGCUCUUCCUGUGUCGCUGCCGGCAUUGUAUGCGAGGUGACGGAGCCGUCAGCUAAACAGCAGAACACGAUUCUGUUGAAACGGAUUCGUGAGCUUGAACAGACAGUGGAGAAGUUUACCAAACAAGUCGAGCAAAUUGGUUCGGGGCCAACGCCGGAGCCACUUAAACCAGAUGGCCAUAAUGGGUAUUCCUUGUCGCAUCUUACAUCACGGCGUUCGUCUCCCAGUCCGAAACAGGCAGACCGUCGAUUAUCUACCGAGAUUCAGAGUAGCCCGACACUGGAGACGGCAGAGAGGUCCAGUUUGAAGCAGCGGCGCCGAUGUACAAAUGGCAGUCCAAGCUUACAGACACAUGUUACCGGAGAUGGAACCAAAACUUACCAUUUCUACGGAUCCACGUCCGAGCUCGUCUUCCUUGACUCGGUCAGAGAGUAUGUGCAGCAACUUGGCUACGAAGUUCCAGCAUCUGGGAACUCAUGGCGGACUAAUCUUGAUAUAACCCCAACAAGAGUGACUGAUAACCAGCUCAAGUCUAAUGUGGCGGCUGAGCUGCGAUCGCAACUGCCUUCCCAGCGACUUGGAGCGAAGUUGAUCGAGGUGUAUGCUCAACAUGUCCAAGCACAUACCCCAAUCCUCUACUGGCCUUCAAUCCUCAUCAAGUUCCAACGGAUCUACACUAGAUCUCCUCUGCACUAUGAAGAAGCACACAUAACAGCCGACUUCUGCGUCAUGAUGAUGGUCUUCGCGGUUGGAUCUCAAUUGUCCGACUUGGCGGAGGUUGGCCACGGGAGCGGCCAACAGAUGAGGAACGGAUGGGGCUUCUUUGAGGCAGCCAGAAGGUGCCACCGGUUAAUCAAGUCCACCUACACUUUGGACGACGCCAUCAUCACUCUGCUGAUGAGCAUCUAUCUCCUCGGAGCGUCGAUGCCGAGUCCAUGCUGGGUCAUGACGGGGACAACGUCACGGAUCGUGCAAGAUCUCGGCCUCCACAAGCGACCUUCUCCACAUCAGCUAUUCAACGUGGAAAUUGAGUCUCGAAAUCGACUCUUUUGGGGAGCUUACAUGGUCGAUCGAAUCGUCGCACUGACGUUCGGGAGACCCGUCUUGCUCUUGGACGAAGAUUGCGAUGUUGACCUCCCCGGCAAGGUGGACGAGAAGGGAACCACGUCUCCUCACUCCCUGCGUUUCUUCCGCACGAGUAUAUCUGUGGUAUCUCUUCUAGAUUCGAUCAUCCAGCUUGACGCCAUCCCCCGUAAUGAAGAGAAUGACGUCGAAACCAUGAUGAAGAUCGAUGCCCAACUGCUCGCUUGCUGGUACAGAUAUCCUCGCGAUUUGACCAAUGAUGACGCCGACGAAAGCAUCGAACCCUCUACUCUCAAGAUACUAUUCAUCACACAGCAAGCGCGUCUAGCUUUGUUCAGACACUUCACCAACAACGCACUCAACAAUUCUUUCCGGAAUGCCUGCCUGAAGAAAAGCGUCGAGACGUCCAGACUGACGGCUAAAAUCAUGCUCAGGAUCGCCAAGGGAGCCGACUGGGAGGACGGGAUUGCGCACCGCUGCAAUGACAUUGUGUAUAAUCACAUAUUUCGAGCCGCCAUUGUCCUCUUGCUCGAGCAUCGCCUCAAGGCGUCGUCUGGCAUGGGGAAAGUGCAUGGGCGCGGCGCUGCACAAAACAGAAACAUAAAUAUCCUUUGGCGGUCAUUACGGGCGGCUGCACAGACACACCUAUCCGCUUCCAAGUCACUGGAGCUGCUCCAAGUCUUUGCCAAUACCUUGAACUUUGACCUCAGCCUUACCGAGACCUCAGACGAGUACACCUCUGGGGACGGGACGACCGAUGUUCUUAUCCGACAAGAGCCAGACGUGGAGACUUACGAUUCACUUCCCGCACCGGCUUUGACGAUCGACGCCGCGGCGGCUUUGACGGCCGUUGAUGUGCUGUCUUCUCCAAGCCCGCAGAUCCAGCCGCAGCCAAAGCCGAGACCAGGUCUGGGAUCAAACUCUACGAACAAUUUGUUGUUGCCAACGGGUCUCCCAUUUCCCAAGAGAGACGGUGCAGGAGCUGCUGCAGCGACCACCGCGCGAGAUGAAGAAGAAGAUUGCAUCGGUACCGAAAAGCGGCCGUCACCAAGCCACUGUAGCGUUGGGUCCGAAGACAUGGACUGGGCAAUGUUCCACGAGCUUCUCGACCACGACAGCAUCUUUGAAAUGUACGCGGGGGGAGUCAACGGCAACGAUGACUUUCCGGUCGAAUUCUAA